UCCUCCUCCUGCUUUUCCUUGGGUUGACAAACGCGCUUCAAUGCUCAAUGAGAAUGACCAUGAUUUCAUUCUGGACUGCUUUCUCUUACAAAGGUAUCGCGACGACUCCGUACGCGACUCGAAUACGCGGUCCUCAAGAUCCGUCGCGGCUGGUCCAAAUACACCCUCCAAGAGGUCGAAUCCCUCCUCGAAACAACAGUCCCAGGCCUCUCCUCGGCGUCCCAUCCUGGCUACAAGCGCACGCGCUCCCCUUCUAGUCGCAGCACCAUCAUCACGAGCAGCAGCAGACCAGGAAGUCGAAGUGGGCUUCGUCAAAGUGAACGCAAACGGACCCGGAAAGAGUAUCCGGACUACGAAGGGCAUUCUGUCCUUGUUCAACAGAAGUUCAGAGACAUUAGUGGCGCAGACGAAGCCGAAAACGAGGAGGAAGAAGAUGACGUCGAGGACAUGGAAGAGGUGGAUAUGAAUCCGCCACCAAGGAUUUAUCGAACCCGCCCAUCGUUCUCUCAGUUUAAGGACUCGGAACUCUUCUUACCCGCGAAGUCUCUGAUGGAGAUCGCGACCUCGUCGCCUUCACCCUCAACCUCUCCACGACCCAAGCACGCAUAUGCGUAUAUGCCUCAGCAGCAGCAGUUGCAGAUACCGGGGUUAGGUGGGUUCGGGACUGCGGGACCCUUAUUUCGAGACGCGACACCUGGAAGAGAUCGGCCCAUGUCAACGACAUAUUCAACUCCGGCAUCACCAGUUAUGACUUCUAGCCCGACUAUGCGCAGCCAGGAUAAGCAGGAAGAGGAUGGAGAAGCAGAGGAGGAGGAGGAGGGAGAGGGAGGUCCUUCGGAUACGCAGGCGGCACGGACGAUUCUGUUACUAGCGUCGAGUCCGACGCGUCCGCCACCACGAACUUUAAAUGUUGGCAGCAGACACGCCUCGCCAUCACCGUCGCCAACGGUUCAACAGCAGGCCAUGUUUGGAGAGCCGUUGUUUUUGAACCUGAAGUCCCCAUCAUCAGCAACGACGGGUGCCUCACCAGUGACAGGGCCAGCAAGUUCAGGAGCCGGAGUCGGAGCCGGAGCCGGAGCUGGUAUCGGCCUUAUGGCGUCGUAUUCUCCAAUGACGAGUUCCCCGCUGGUCAAGUUCCAGACCGCGGCAUCGACUCCUUCGCCGGACAGAUCACCCUCGGGUGCCACGGUCGUGGUCGCGACAGAUGAGAAUGACCAUACGGAUGACGGGAAUCCGUUUCUGGUCAAGAAGGGGAUCAAGGAGUCAUCGCUGGGGUCGAACCGAUUGACGAGACCCUCGAGCGGUCUUCAUGAGCCCAUGGAGCCUUCGUCUCUUUCGGCACCGCCUCAACAGUCCGCACCUGGCUUCCGGAGCGAUAUCAACACGGCCGCGGACAGGACGACAGAGGUAUUGAGAGAGAAUCCGGAGAACACAACAUGGGAAGCGGCAUCAGUUGUAAAGGAAAAACCACCACUGGUCGCUACCGGCGCCUUGCCACACACCCCGCAGGGUCCACAGCAGGGUCUUGAGGGAUCAUCAGCAGCACCGUUGGGGAUCAGGACACCUCCACCGAGCGGGAACCAAGACCUUGCACAGGGAGGGCUUUACGGACAUCGACACAGUCCUAGCAAUACUGUGGCACAGUCAAUUGCUGCGAGACGGCGGAAUAGUGGCCUUGCAGGCGGGACGGGCGUCGAUCUAUUGACUUUCUUCCCCAGGCCUGGUCAAUCACCUCUCGAGCACGAUAAUGGCACAGAGUGAGAAAGGAAAAAGUGAAAAAAGGCGACGAGCUUUAUAUGUUUAUGGUGGGGUCGCUCGAUGGCGAUGCUUUGUGUAGAAUGCUUGUUUGAAAUAUAUAAAACAUUCCUGUUUGUUCUGCUAUAGAUGCCAGUCUAGUCUAUGCGUAUGUACGAUUCAUACGGUGGAUAUCAAGUAAAGUGCCCGAGGAUGCGUCCCUCUCUUCAAAACGAUAUGAACUUAUCCCCUUCUCCCGUCCGUUU